CUCAACGCCACGUUGUUUAAUCAAACCUGAAAUUCAAGUUAAAAAUAAACAUUAUGUUUACUAGUCUAGAUGACAAAUAUACAAACAUCGAAUACAGGAAAUUCCACCCAGUAAACCACAAAUAUUUUUAGUUAUUAACGUACAAUUGUAAAUGAGUAAUGCGUGUAUUUCCAAUCUGUCGAUUUCAGCUGAAUUUUGUCUGAAGAACUUAGAAAAUACUCAGAGCGAUAGUUGGCCGCUAAUAGUGCGCUAAUAGUUGAUUGUUAGUUUAUUUUGAAGGUAAUUGCGAAUCUAAUCCAUGGAAAACAAAAUGACUAGCGGAGAUGUCAUGACGCAAAAUCUCCUAAGAAAGUAGCUCGACAACAUGCGGGUGCGAGGGGGACGAGGAGCGUUACUGUCUUUUAUGCCUUUACACGUAUUCUAUGGAACCUGUCCGUUUCUUUUUUUCAAAAUUAAAUUCACCUAUCAAUCUUUUUUUUACAAUCAAUCUUUGACAGAUUGGUUUUCUUGAUUUAGUUUCUUUGUCAGACGUUUUGUUAGUUCUUUUAACUGAUCACGCCUACCGUACGUUGCUUGACCUACAAGAAGGCGCCUGACCUACCAUCCUUAUGGCAUAUAUUUCCUUCCUCCGUUAUCCAAUCAAACCGUUAAGUCAACUAUUAUGGCUAAUUUUCUACCGACAGUUUAGUCUACAGUGUGUUUAGUGUGUAUGAAACUACCCAGAGAAAACGAAUAACUGAGAAAUCUGUUUUUCUCACGUUAGAUCUUAGGCGUCUAUAAUGUUAUGUAAACAUACUGAGAAAAUGUAGGUAAUGUUUGUAUGUCUACGCUCUUCCUUUGGUUAGUUACCUGCCUAUAACUACUAAUUGUAAUAUUAGUCGCAAAGUACUUUAAUAGCAAAAUCGAUGAAAGCUCUUAUCACUCACUGAUAAAAAACAAUUGAUAACAUCCCAUCACCAAUAUGCUUAUAUUCGUGACUAAUCUCGAUAAUAACUCUACGAACAUAAGUUAGAAAUAAACCCUGGAGAAAAAAAGCGCCAAAUUGAGAACCUCCUUCUGCUUAGGAAGUCGGUUAAAAACGUGGUACCAGGAUAAAAUAGAGCGCAUGCUUCGACUCUUUAAAAAAAUGUGACUUUAUAUUGGGAAAAGAAUUUUCAAAAUCAGUUCGGUACAACUUUACAAACUCUUACAUCUGGGAAAACAAUAUGCUUAAGAAUAUUAGAUGACCUCACAAAACUAAAGCAAAGUGACAAAACGGACUAAAAAACGUAACCAGUGCGAAAAUGUCCUGACAGUGACAGAAAAAAAGAUGGCGGAAUUGUUGCAAAGACUCCAAGGGUUAGGCAGAAAGAAAGACAGGAACUUGAACACUAGUGUGUAUUCUGUGGUGUCUUGUAGUGACUUAACUCCUGGGAGCUUAGAGAUCUGGGUGGAUCUGCCAGAUGAGAUCAAGUUUGAUCCGCUGUUGGCGCCUUUUAAGCAACGGUAUGAGCAGCAACAUGGUAAAAUAGAACUAAUAGAAGAACCAAAUGAAGGAGAUAAAACAAUAUUUGAUAAGAAACAUGAAGAAACGAAGAGGGAAGACGUUGAAACUCUUAAAGAUGCCACGCAUAGGUUAAUGGAACCAAUGCACGCUAUUGAAGACACCAAAUUAAAAUCAGUUAAAACGAAAAAGGUAAAACAAGCUCUUCGAACAAUAAAGCUAUGUGGACUGGUGUCCUGCUGGGUGCUGCUAACAGUGUCACUGUUGAUGAACAUGGAGCGAUCUGAUGUGGUGCUGCAUACUGCUGUUAAGGGCGGUGAGCUGAAAGAAUAUGAAUUGCCGUCCAGCAGUGAGCGCGUCAAACUGCUGAUUACGCUGACUGGUCCAUUUGAGAAGGCAGCUACUAAUGAUAGUUCUAAUACGUUGCUGUUGUGGCUACAUAGGCAGGUAGCUGAUGAUGAAGGGGAUUUUCAGCAGAACUCAACAAAAUGGAUGAUCCAUCUCCAACCGGAACAACUCCUGGACUUCUCACCCAGCGCCUCGGAGACUAAGAUGCUGAUGCUGCAGGACAACUCGCCGAUACACAGCAGGAGGCUCAACCUGACUGCAGAGCUGCAGGAAGAGAUUACUAGGUGGAACCAGAUUGGGAUUAAUGGUACGCGCGUAACUCUCCGCAUGAGCACACAGAGUAACCUGACGGUGCCUCUGACCGUGAGCUACCAGCUGAACCCCAUAGACCCUGAGGAUGGCAUCAUCUAUGCCACCAUACUGCUCAUUGCGUUAUACAUGCUUAUUAUUUUUGAGAUAGUAAACCGCACAAUAGCAGCUCUCCUCUCAUCUUCCCUCGCAGUGGCUGUACUGGCCCUCAGCGGCGAAAGACCCACACUACCCGAGCUGGUCUCCUGGCUGGAUGUGGAGACAUUACUUCUGCUCUUCAGCAUGAUGCUUCUAGUGGCUAUAUUGGCAGAAACAGGCCUGUUCGAUUACCUCGCUGUCUUGGCUUUCGAAUUGACAGGCGGUAGAACGUGGCCACUGAUCAACGUGCUGUGUUUCUUCACGGCUAUAUUCUCCACAUUCCUGGAUAAUGUCACCACUGUGCUGCUUAUGACGCCUGUUACAAUCAGAUUAUGCGAGGUGACCCAACUGAACCCGGUCCCAGUGCUGAUGUCAAUGGUGAUCUUCAGCAAUGUGGGUGGCGCCGCCACGCCGGUGGGCGACCCGCCCAACGUCAUCAUCGCCACGCACCCCUCUAUUGUUAAAGCUAAUAUAAACUUCACAACGUUCACAUUGCACAUGGGCGUUGGUAUUCUGAUAGUUGGAGUGCAAACAUACUUCCAACUCAGAUUUAUGUUUAGAGAUAUCAAUAAGCUAAGAAAUAGUGUGCCCAGAGAUAUAUUAGAGUUACGUCAAGAGCUGGCGGUGUGGAGACGCGCGGCCGCUUCGCUCUCAUCGUACUCCAGAGACGAGGACAUCGUGCGGAGAGCGCUGGAGAAGAAGGUGUCGCGACUGAGCUCAGCGCUGGCGCGGCGCGAGGCGGGCGCGGCACCCCGCAGCGACCCUGCUUUUACACAAACUCUUGCUGAGAUGAAGCUCAAGUACCGCAUCAGAGACAAGCCGCUACUAGUGAAGUCAGCUGUCUGCGUGUCAUUCGUCAUCAUCGUGUUCUUUCUGCACGCCAUACCUGAACUGCAGCGUCUCUCGCUGGGCUGGACAGCACUCCUGGGAGCUCUGCUGCUGCUGCUACUCGCAGAGAGAGAUGACCUGGAGCCCAUACUGGCGAGGGUCGAGUGGUCCACGCUGCUGUUCUUUGCAGGACUCUUUGUGCUUAUGGAGGCGUUAUCAAAGCUGGGCUUGAUAUCGUGGAUCGGUAACAUGACGGAGUCGCUCAUACUGCAAGUGGGUGAGGAGUCACGUCUAGCUGUGGCCAUCAUGCUUAUAUUGUGGGUGUCGGGCAUAGCAUCCGCGUUCGUGGACAACAUCCCGCUGUCGACGAUGAUGGUGCGCGUGACGGCGCGGCUGGCGGCGCCGCGCGGGCUGGCGCUGCCGCUCGCGCCGCUCGCCUGGGCGCUCAGCUUCGGCGCCUGUCUCGGAGGUAACGGCACUCUAAUCGGCGCGAGCGCAAACGUGGUGUGCGCAGGAGUGGCUGAACAACACGGCUAUAGAUUCACUUUCGUACAAUUCUUAAAGAUCGGCUUCCCUAUCAUGAUAGGAAACUUAAUAGUAGCCUCGUUAUAUCUGUUAUUUUGUCACUGUUUUCUUGAACUACAUUGAUAUUUAUGGUAAACUAGCUUCUGCCCGCGGUUUCACCCGCGUGUCGUCCGUUGCCGGAUGGUGAUAAAAAUCUUAUGUCCUUCCUUUUAAUUUUCAGCUUAAACGUUUCAGUAAUUCAUGAGUUAUACGUACUAACACGACUUUCGUUUAUUUAUGUAGAUAUCAUAGAAAAUCUUCCUUCUAACAUCCCUUUAAAAUUAGAAGCAUCAUCCAAAUGUAUGAAAAAAAAGCAAUAUUUUUUUCAUGUGGUAGCGAAAAGUAUACGAUAUAAAUGUUAUAUAUCAAUGAAUACUAAAUUAAAUAAUGUAAUAAAUUGGUUGCCUCCUACGGAUUCGCUUAUGAAAAACUUCACGAAACAAGAUAAAAUAACAUUCUGUAUUUUUAUUAUAUUUUUAUACAUCGAUUUCUUAUUAAAAUUAAUCAGACUGAUAAGAAAUAGUUACUUUUGCAAUGUGCCAAAUUAUUAACACAUUAUUUUUGUAAUUUUCAAAAGUAAGUAAAUACAUGUAUGUCUCAAAUAGUGACAAAAUAAGUAGGUACCUACUAUUUUCAUUUUUUUUUUAAUAGUAAAUUGUUGAGAGUUGUUAAAACUGGAAAUUCAUAUUUAUAUUGCUCUCUGCUACCUAUGUGUAUAAUAUAGUUUUGGAGUCUUUCAAGUUGAGACAAUAAACUUACUAUUUAUUAUUUGAAAAAUACUUAAUUUAGAGCAUUCUUAUUUAUUUCUAUUUCAAUUAAACACAACGAGACGAAAGUAAGAGCUCUUUAAUUUUAAUUGAAACAAAACAUUCCUGUAUUUUUAUUCUUUUUUUAACGUUUUAGAAAAAAAAACAUAGAUCCAAUCCUUUUUUCAUUACUUUUGAGUACUAAUAAAAUUCUUUAAUAAAUUCCACCCUGUAAAAUAUUUUUGAGAAUAAUUUUUAGUCCCCAGCAAGGGUCGUAAAUACAUAAGGGUACAAAUAAUUAAUUGUGAUAAUGUAUAAGUAUUAUUGUGAACUACGAAAUAAAAUAAUUUUAAUUAUGUU